UGGGACCCAAAUACUGUUAUAAAAAAGGAUCAUUAAAAUGGAUAUGUUAAAAAAAGAAAGUAAAAAACGCGUCAGGGAAGAGAAGAUGGAUCCGAAUUCCACGGUUUCCGGCGAUGGUCAGGCGACGGCGGCGAUAGAGCAUCGGUCCUUCGCUCGGAUCGGAUUUCUCGGAAACCCGAGCGAUGUAUACUUCGGGCGAACCAUAUCAUUGACCAUCGGAAACUUCUGGGCAUCCGUGAAGCUGGAGCCAUCGGAGCAUCUCGUAAUCAAGCCUCAUCCAUUCCAUGAUCUCGUCCAGUUCACCUCUCUCGACCAUCUCCUGAAUCGUUUGCAAAAUGAAGGAUACUACGGUGGGGUAAGGUUGCUAAUGGCGAUAUGUAAAGUAUUCCGUAACUAUUGCAAAGAGAAUGACAUUCAACUUCACCAAGCCAACUUCUCUCUUUCUUAUGAUACCAAUAUCCCUAGGCAGACAGGGCUUUCGGGUUCUAGUGCCAUCGUAUCCGCUGCCCUUAACUGCCUUCUCGACUUCUACAAUGUCAGGCAUUUGAUCAAAGUACAAGUCCGCCCUAACAUUGUUCUCAGUGCUGAGAAAGAACUUGGCAUUGUUGCUGGUCUUCAGGACAGGGUUGCUCAGGUCUAUGGUGGUCUUGUUCACAUGGAUUUUAGCAAGGAGCACAUGGAUAAAUUGGGGCAUGGGAUUUACACUCCUAUGGAUAUCAGUCUCCUCCCUCCUCUGCAUCUCAUCUAUGCUGAGAAUCCGAGCGACUCAGGGAAGGUACAUAGUAUGGUUCGGCAAAGAUGGUUAGACGGUGAUGAGUUUAUAAUCUCAUCAAUGAAAGAAGUCGGAAGUCUAGCAGAAGAAGGUCGAACUGCAUUACUCAACAAGGACCAUUCCAAACUUGUGGAACUCAUGAACCUUAAUUUCGACAUUCGGAGGCGGAUGUUUGGGGAUGAAUGCUUAGGAGCAAUGAACAUAGAGAUGGUGGAAGUAGCAAGGAGGGUUGGUGCAGCCUCAAAGUUCACUGGAAGUGGAGGAGCAGUGGUGGUUUUCUGCCCUGAAGGUCCAUCUCAGGUGAAACUUCUGGAAGAAGAAUGCAGGAAAGCGGGAUUUACGCUUCAGCCGGUAAAAAUUGCGCCUUCAUGUUUGAAUGAUUCUGACAUUCAGACCUUAUGAAAGCCUUGAUCAAGUCUUCUUAUUCACACGAUAGAGCCAUUUUCCAGAGAAAUAAACAUGUGAGCUUUAAUUGGGUGGUUGUUCUGUUUCUUUUUCUUGCCCAUUUUUGUUGUUUGUUCCUUGGCUUAUACUAAUAUGUUUGUUUUGUUUCUUUUUCCACAUUAAGGUCCAAUUUUUUAUAUUAUAUUAAAAGAACUAAAGAACAGAUGAUCAAAAUUGAAGUAGUAAUGAUAUUUAUUUGCCAUAUUUGUGCUCUUUUUUGUUUUGUUGAAACUGUAUAUACAGAAGUUGGCA